AUGGGCAAUCCUGAAUGGGAGCAGAAUAUAAACAAAUUGAGAGCACUAGAGUCGGUAGAAAGACGACAACGCCAAGUAGAAUUCAUAAGUCUUGCACCUGUAUACACCGCUGCAAAAGGAGGCGACUUGGACGAGUGUGACGAGCAGCUCGUCGCCCAGGCAAACAACAGAGGGGACACAGCCCUCCACGUCGCAGCAAGAGCCCGCAGGAACCACAUGGCCAAGCGCCUCCUCAUGUUCGACAGAGUUGUGGACCAAUGGAACAAUGCGGGGAACAGGCCUUUGCAUGAGGGUGUGAAAAACGGUGACUAUGAGUUAACCAAUCGGCUCCUGCAUCAAGGCUCAGAAUCGGUGAAUAAGAAGAACAACGAGGGAAAGUACCCCCUGUACUUGGCGAUUGAGACACACAACUUGGAGAUUCUCUCGCUUUUACUGCAAGCGGUGGAUGGGAAUGAAGUCCUUUCCUCCUGGAUUGAAGGCAUGUCGCCGGUUCACGGAGCUGUGGCGCAUCGAAGGUUAGGUCAGUGA